UCACUGCUAUGAGUCACCAUCUGUUGUUGCCGUUUCCAUGGCAACGAUCUCCUGUUACCUGGUGCAGGUGAGAACCAGCUAAGGCAAACAACAGAGCAGAGGAGCCGCAGAGACGACAACAGAACAAACAUGACCAGUCUCUUCUCCAGCCGGGACAUCCAGGUGAAGAGCAUGGAGCAGACAGUGAAACAUGCUGAGAAGUACCUGGGUGAGAUCUGCUACCUGCUGGGCUCCUACACCAGGAAGACAGCCAAGCUCAGAGACAAGGCCGACCUGCUGGUGGCUCAGCUGUACGACUUCUCCAGCACAGAGGGCCCAGAGCUCCAGAUCGGCCUGAAAAACCUGGCAGAAGAUUUAGCCAUGGUCCAGGACUACAGGCAAGCUCAGGUGGAGAGACUGGAGACAAGAGUUCUUGCUCCUCUGAAAGCAUAUGGAGACAUAGUGAAAAUUAAAAGGGCUGAUCUGAAGAAGUUCAACACUGAUCUGAACAGAGAGCUGAAGGAGCUGCAGAAGCUGGAGAAAAUCCGUCUGAGGAACCCAGCAGAUCGACAGAGCAUUUCCCAGGCUGAAGUAAAUGCUCAGAAGGCUUCAAACAAUGCUCAGCGCAGCAUCAGACAAGUAGAGGAGACCAUCACAGACUUCCAGAGGCAGAAACUGGAGGAUAUCAAAAGGAUAUUCACAGACUUCAUCACGGUGGAGAUGCUGUUCCAUGCUAAAGCACUGGAGGUCUAUACACACACAAACCAGAACCUAGAGGCCAUGAAUGUUCAAAAGGAUCUGGAGCUGUUUAGUGGACGGCUCAUGAUGUCUGAUUCUCUGGCUGGGCAUCUGGAUACCCCUCUGAGCAGCCACUCUUCUCCCCUCAUGAGCCGCUACCCAAGUCCUCCUGCAGCCUUCCCCAAAGGCCAAAGCCUCAGACCAAAGCAGGCUCUCACUAAAGGCCUAAACAGCAGGCAACAACUCAACAACUUCACAGAACCAGCCAGGAGGUCUCGUAGUACCUUACAACGUCAAAGAGGCAUGGAGGAAGAGGAACUGGAGGAGGAAGAGGAGGAUGAUGAAGAAGAAGAAGAAGAAGAAGAUGAGAUGUAUGAAUCAGAAUUGGAGGAGGCUCAGCACACCAGCAGACAGUCUUAUGCUGCUCAAUAUGCCCAAAUGCGCAGAUGGCAAAAGUAAGCACCCGUGCAUGGAAACACACACAAGCUGACUCAUCUAAAUGUGCACAGUGCUGCUCCUGGACAGAGGAAAACAUUUUGUUGUUAUCUAGUUUCCUCCACACUUGAAUGUGUGUCAGUAAUAUGUGUAUUACUGUAAUAUGUACCACCAAAUGCGUUGAAAUUUGUUUAGUUCAUGUGCAUAGUAAUAGCUGUGCUAUUACCUAUUAGUUUGCAGUCCCUGCUGCUUAGUCCAGCAGGCGAAAUGUUCCAAAAACCAACUUCAUCUUGCAAAUAAUUGAUUUUUGAGAUAAAAGGAAACAAAUACAACAGAUGCAGCAAACAAUCUCAAAUGGUGUCAAAAUGUAAUGCUAUUAGGAAAUGGCAGUUAAGGGGAGAUGAGAAAGUUAAGACAAGAUGUAGAAGAAAACUUUCAGAUAAAAUUGCAUGUGUGAUGGACUGUGCAGAGAUGAA